UUGGUGGAGAUGCCAGGGAGAUCUGGGUGUCGAGAAAGGAGCCCGGGCUGUCUUGGGCCAGGCGGGGCGGAUGGCGACUAUCAAAAGGAAAUAGGAUCAUGGCAGCAGAUGAUGACAAUGGUGAUGGAACAAGUUUAUUUGAUGUCUUUACUGCCUCUCCUCUUAAAAAUAAUGAUGAAGGUUCUUUGGACAUAUAUGCUGGAUUGGACAGUGCUGUUUCUGACGGUGCUUCCAAAUCCUGUGUGCCAUCCAGAAAUUGUUUGGAUUUGUAUGAAGAAAUUCUGACUGAAGAAGGAACUGCAAAGGAGGCAACGUAUAAUGAUUUGCAAGUAGAAUAUGGGAAAUGUCAGACGCAAAUGAAAGAGCUAAUGAAAAAGUUUAAGGAAAUACAGACACAGAAUUUCAGCUUAAAAAAUGAAAACCAGUCUCUUAAGAAGAAUAUUUCUGCACUUAUCAAAACUGCCAGAGUGGAAAUAAACCGCAAAGAUGAAGAAAUAAAUAAUCUUCACCAAAGGUUGUCUGAGUUUCCGCAUUUUCGAAAUAAUCAUAAGACUGCAAGGACAUCAGAUAUAGUUAAAACAAAAGAUCUUAAAUCCAAAUCUCCCCAUUUGGAUGAUUGUUCAAAGACUGAUCACAGAGUGAAAAGUGAUGUUUCUAAAGAUGUACAUCAUAGCACUUCACUGCCAAACCUCGAAAAAGAAGGAAAGUCACAUUCUGAGAAAAAGAGCACUUUGCAUUUGCCUACAUCUGUUGAAAAACACUGCACCAAUGGCAUUUGGUCACGUUCCCAUUAUCAGGUUGGUGAGGGUAGCUCAAAUGAGGAUAACAGAAGAGGGAGAAAAGAUGUUAGACAUAGCCAAUAUAGCAGAGGAACUGAAAGAAUACGAAAAGACUUAAAAAUGAGCUGUGGUGAUGGUGAACCGAGGAACAUAGAGGCUAGUCAAAGGCUACAAGGACGUCCUGAGAAAUAUGGUAAAGGUGAACCAAAGGCUGAGAACAAAAAUUCAAAGUUUAAAAGUAACACAGAUUUGGAUUAUAAAAAUGAACGCCUUAGCUCUUCUUGGGAGAAAGAGACCUCUAGAGAAAGGUCACACACUAGAGUAGAAUCUCAAAGUGACAAAAAACUGGAAAGACAAAGUGAAAGAUCACAAAAUAUAAAUAGAAAAGAACUUAAAUCACAAGACAAAGAAGAAAGAAAGGUUGAUCAAAAACCUAAAUCAAUAGUAAAAGACCAGGAUCAUUGGAGAAGAUCUGAACGUGCAUCAUUUCCUCAUUCCAAGAAUGAAAUAACAAAAUCUUCUCAUAAUUCAAGUAAAUACCAUCUGGAAGAGAGAAGAGGAAGGGAAGAGUGUAAAAGAGACAGGGGUGUAAGUAAUCAUAGUUUUCAAGAAGGAAGAUGUCCAUCCUCUCUUUCAACCAGUAGAACUCACAAACACAUUGACUCCAAGGAAGUGGAUGCUGUGCACCAAUGGGAAAAUACACCUUUAAAAGCAGAAAGGCAUAGAACUGAAGAUAAGAGGAAAAGAGAACGAGGAAGCAAAGAAGAAAAUAGACAUAUGAGAAAUGAAAAAAGAACACCUACAGAGCAUUUGCAGAAGACUAACAAGGAAACUAAGAAAACCACUCCUGAUUUAAAGAGACAGAAUGAGCCAAAAAAUGAUAAAGGUGUAGUCUCUAAUAAUGAUGUUUCUGAAGAAGCAGAUAAUAAAGAGCUUGCAGUUAAAGCUGAGAGUGGUCCGAAUGAAACAAAAAACAAAGACUUAAAGUUGAGUUUUAUGGAAAAAUUGAACUUAACUCUUUCUCCUGCUAAGAAGCAGCCUGUUUCUCAGGGUAAUCAGCAUAAAAUAACCAAUACUCCCAAAUCCAAUGGCAUAUGUGACUUAGACUCCUUGGUGCAGGCUAAAACAGUGACAUGUGUUCCCUCUGUCAAUGAACAUAUCACAGAGGACACCAAAUCAAAGUUAUUGGAGCCAAAGGAUGCUAUUGCAGCAGAAUCUGAACCCAGGACCAGUAUUCCAGAGAGGAAAAUGGAAGAAAAUAGGUUGUUAGUUAAAUCUGUUGAGAAUACUAUGCAUUAUGACAUGCCCAGUUGUGGUACCGAGACUUCCGUCUUAGCACCUGUGGAAAUGGGAAAAACAGAAUCCUUGUUUCCAUCAUCAACAGAAAUGGAACAAACCAUUAAUGGUGCAAGGGCAGCAGUUCCUGUGGUAAUGGACAUAUUACAAACAAAUGUUUCUCAAAACUGUGGCUUGGAAUUGGAUAUCAAAAGAAACGAUGGUUUAAAUUCUUGUAGUAUUUCUGAAGGUAUGGAAGUAAAGGAGGCAUUUUCAACCAAAGUGGCUGAAUCCAAUGAAAGCAUUUUGCAGCCUUCAGUUGAAGAAGAUGGCAUUUUGCCAAUAGUCCUUUCAGAAGAUGGUAACCCAAAAUUUGAGCCUUCUCUUGUAGAUUCACCACUGGUUGAGAGUAAGUCUUGUCAUUUGGAGCCUUGCUCACCUAAAGAGACUCUAGAAUCUUCACUUCAGCAGACUGAGUUAAUGGACCACAGAAUGGAAAUUGGUGAAACAAACUCAGUAUAUCAUGAUGAUGAUAACUCAGUUAUGAGCAUUGACCUUAAUCACCUGAGACCUAUUCCAGAAGCCAUCAGUCCUCUGAAUAGUCCAGUGAGACCUGUAGCAAAAGUCCUUAGAAUGGAAAGCCCAUCUCAAGUUCCGUUAUAUAAUAAUAGUCAUAAAGAUGUGUUUCCACCAGAUUCAGCUCAUUCUACCUCCAGCAGUCAGUCUGAUCUCAAUAAGGAAAAUCAAAAGCCAGUUCGCAAAUCUGAGAAAUUUACAGAAGCAGACUCCCUUAAGAAUUCAUCUUUAGAUGAAUUAGAAGAAGGAGAAAUUAUAAGUGACAAUGAAAAAUCUAAAGCACAAAAAAGUUUUGAAAAAAAUGCCAAACCUACAACUUCUACUGAGGUGCAGCACGUAAAAACUAGCCCAGGAAGUAGGAAAAGUACUGUGCGUUUGGAUAAAGACAAUAAGAAAACAUCUUCUGUAAAAAUCCAUCAGACCAAAAGCAAAUGGAAUCAAAGACAAAGUGAAUCUAGCAGAUCUUCAAAAACAGAGAAGAAAGAUAAGACAAUGAGCACUUCGAGCCUGGAAAAAAUAGUUCCAAUCGUUGCUGCACCCUCUUCUGAACGAGAGGUUAUGCACAUGUUACGAAUGAUAAGAAAACAUGUAAGGAAAAAUUAUAUGAAGUUCAAGGUAAAAUUUUCAUUAAUACAAUUUCAUAGAAUUAUUGAUUCAGCAAUUUUGAGUUUUACGUCACUAAUUAAACACCUUGACUUAUCCAGAAUCUCUAAGUCAGUGACUACUUUGCAGAAGAAUCUCUGUGAUGUUAUAGAAUCUAAACUUAAGCAAGUUAAAAAGAAUGGCAUAGUGGAUCGUUUAUUUGAACAGCAACUACCAGAUAUGAAAAAAAAAUUGUGGAAAUUUGUAGAUGAACAGCUUGAUUAUUUGUUUGCAAAGCUUAAGAAAAUCUUAGUAAAGUUUUGUGAUUCCAUAAACUUUGGCAGCGACAGUGAUGAAGGAAAACUUGAAAAGAUAAGUAAAGAGAAAGCACAAUAUUUAAAUUGUCAGAAGGGGAAUGUGGACAACUCCAGCAAAGAAACACUGAAGGAGACAUCCCCCAAAUCAGAAGAUUCUGUUUAUUAUAAGUCUUUAGUGGGAUGUAAAAAAUCUGAGGAAAAACAUCAAGACCAAAAUAGUUCCAGUAUCAACACAGUAAAGUAUGACAUUAAAAAAAAUUUUAACAGUUGCUUUGAUAAUAUUAAGAAUUCUCAAUCCAAAGGGCACUCCUUAGAACCAAACUGCCUGAGCACCCCAAAGCCAGGAAAAAUGGAAGGAAACACCGUGGAGGAUGCACAGACGUCCCAGCGUGCUGCUCUGAAGCCAGAACGCAGUUUUGAGAUUCUUACUGAACAGCAAGCUUCUAGCCUUACUUUUAAUUUAGUCAGUGAUGCACAGAUGGGUGAAAUAUUUAAAAGUUUGUUGCAAGGUUCUGAUCUUUUGGACAACAGUGUUAACUGUAGUGAAAAAAGUGAGUGGGAGUUCAAGACUCCAGAGAAACAGCUGCUAGAGAGUCUUAAGUGUGAAUCUAUACCAGCUUGUACAACAGAAGAGCUAGUUUCAGGGGUGGUUUCUCCGUGUCCUAAAAUGAUUAGUGAUGAUAAUUGGUCAUUAUUAUCAUCUGAGAAAGCUCCGUCUCUGUCUUCAGGGCUUUCGUUGCCAGUUCAUCCUGAUGUGUUGGAUGAAAGUUGUAUGUUUGAAGUGUCCACAAACAUUGCUUUAAGUAAAGAUAAUGUAUGUAGUUCAGAAAAGAGCAAGCCCUGCAUUUCUUCCAUUCUUCUUGAAGAUCUAGCAGUCUCUUUAACAGUACCAUCACCUCUGAAGUCAGAUGGUCAUCUCAGUUUCUUAAAGCCAGAAGUUUUGUCUAGUUCAACUCCUGAAGAAGUUAUUAGUGCCCAUUUUAGUGAAGAUGCUUUACUUGAGGAAGAGGAUGCAUCUGAACAAGAUAUUCAUUUAGCUCUGGAGUCUGAUAAUUCAAGCAGUAAAUCAAGUUGUUCGUCAUGGACAAGCCGGUCUGUUGCUCCCGGCUUUCAGUACCACCCUAAUCUACCCAUGCAUGCUGUCAUAAUGGAAAAGUCCAAUGAUCAUUUCAUUGUGAAAAUACGGCGUGCAGCACCGUCUACCUCCCCUAGUCUUAAACAGAAUAUGGUGGCUGAUGAAUCAUUGGCAUCUUUGCCCAGAGUGGAAAAGGAAGCUGAUGAAGCAGCAGAGAAAGAAUAUACUUCAUGUCAGAAUAGAGUUUUUAAAUCUGUGGAGGAAUUGAAGAAAACCUACAAAAAUGUUGAUAGCAGUAAAUCAGCUCAAGAAGAACAGGACUGUAUGAUACAAUCACAGGUUCCUGAUAUAUAUGAAUUUCUUGAAGAUGCUUCAGGUAAAGUGGGUCAUAGUAAUGAAGUGGCUGAUGAAUGUUUCAAGUUGCAUCAAGAAUGGGAACCAAAAGUGCCUGAAAGUGUUGAAGAAUUGCCUCCAAUGGAAGAAAUUCCACGUUCUGUCGAGGAUCAUCUUCCGAACACGUAUAUAGACCUCACAAAAGAUCCAGUCACUGAGACCAAAAACUUAGGGGAAUUUAUAGAAGUAACAGUUUUAAAUAUUGAUCAGUUGGGAUGUUCUGGAGGCAAUCUGGAUCAAAAUACUCCAAUAUUAGACAAUAUGCAGCCUGAUACUGUAGAUGCUUUUAUUGAUUUGACACAAGAUGUUUCAAGCGAGAGUAAAAAUGAAGGUAACUGUCCUGCUUUACCUGUUGAAGGCUUGGGGUGUCAGGUGAUAUGUGUAGAUGAAGAUAAUAGUAAGGAAGAAAAGGUGGAAGUGGCAAGCAGGCCUUUGGAAAGCAUUGUUGAGGAAGCCUAUAUUGAUUUGACCUCGGAAUCUCCCAGUUCAUGUGAAGUAAAAAAGGAUGAUGUAAAAUCAGAGCCGGCAUCAAAUUCUGGUAGUUCAGAGUUGCCUGGGGCUUUGGAUAAUGCUCACAAAAAGAGAAAAAACUUUUCUGAUCUAAAUCAUUCUUCUCAGAAAAAACAGAGAAAGGAAACAGACUUAACUAGUAGGGAAAAGACCAAAAAAAUUACCCAAGAUUCUGGGCAGAAUGGUGAAGCUCACCGAAAGAAAGCCAACAAGAAAAAGGCCCCUACAGUGACUAAAGAUCCCUCAUUAAAGGCAAGCCCAGGGAUUAAGGAGCCGUCAGCAGCAGCUGCUGCUGCUUCAACAGGCCUGUCUGCAAAGAAUGUUAUUAAAAAGAAGGGAGAGAUUAUAGUUUCAUGGACAAGAAAUGAUGACCGGGAAAUUUUAUUGGAAUGUCAGAAAAGAGGCCCAUCAUUGAAAACAUUCUCUGAUUUAGCUGCCAAGUUGAAUAAAAAUCCAUAUCAGGUCUCAGAAAGAUUCCAGCAGCUAAUGAAGCUCUUUGAAAAGUCAAAAUGCAGGUAGUUAAUGGUUACACUACAGGAGACUAGUAAAGUAAAUGUUUGACACUGUAACUGUGCAGUUAAUGGCCUGUUAGCCUUUGAAGAUGUGAGUAGUGGGUGAGAGACAUCCAGUUGAGUUCCUGCUUCGGUCACGGGUUGGAGGAUGUUGCUCGUGCAGGCUUCUGAGGUCACCUCAUCCACAGGAACAUGCUCAGAGUGAAGCCUGCUGCAGUUCAGAUCAGCAUGGCAUCUCUCCUCAACUUGCUGAUUGCUGAUGAGUCUAAGGUGGGGGGAAAUUCAUUUGAUGAUAAGUUUUUUAUAGAUGAAGAAAAAUAAAACAUUCUUGAAUAGCAGUAUGUUUCAUAGGCGGUGAAGUCUGUGCAUUCAUUGUAAUUUAAUAUUUUUCACAUUUUUAAUUAGGAGUGCUAAAAUACUUUGAAAUACAAAACAUGUUCAUAAAUAUGAAAUCCAUUAUCAUCUGAAUAGAUGACAUGAUUUACCAUGUUAAAUUAUAAUGUUCACAGACAUGUUUCCUCAGUUUCUUUAAGCCCUUCUUAGACAGCUUUAUUAACGCAGUAAGAUUUAUCAGCAGGUUUUUUCCUGUAAGAUCCGAACCAAUUGUUUAAAUAUUUUGGACUUUUACAUAAGGAAAAUUGUAAAGCUGUUUAACAUAUCACUAUUUUUCAAUUGAUUUGUAGUCAUAAUUGUUUGAAGGCAAAACACCCAAUUUUAAAUUAAAUUAAGUUCAUUAAAUCUGAAUACAAACCAUGUUUGGACAGAGAUCUCAGUGUGAAGCGUUCUGAAUAUUUGAGUUAUAAAUCUGUUUCUAGAUCCAAUGUAAAUUACUGUCUUUAGAUAAUCUGUUAAUUUCAGUAGCCCCUCAAAGCAACUAGUUUGUUAAUGAGAUCUUCAGAAGAUAUUUAAUAGUUUACUGCGAAGUUAAAAUUCUAUUUAUGUAAUUCAGAAUGUAAGAUUGAAUGAUGGGGAAUUUGAAGAAAAAGCUUAUUCUAAAGAACCUUUAAAAAAUAGUUUAAGGCAAAAAUGGCCUGAUUAUUUUUCAGAUUCAUUGUGCUUUAAAAUUUUCACUGCCUUUAGGAAAUUAAACUGAGUUUUUUGUUUUAACUGAAUGUUAUCUUAAAAUAUGACUUCCAUUGUCUUGUGAAGAUAAUGUGCAUUCAUGAAGGAAUUAACUUGUAUCUGGAAGUGAUGCUUAUUUGAAAUUCCCAAAUUUCAUUACAAAUCUAAAAUCUUUUAAUAGAUUUGGUAUUUGAGAUUUUGUUUGCUUGCAUGAUAGCACAAAUAGUGGGUUAUUUCCUUCCUAGCUUAUUUCUUAACUGAUUUUUUUUUCCUCCUACUAUAGUCUCAUUAAAUUCUUGUCAAAAUCAGAGUAUAACAAUAAAGUUACCAAACAGAUUCUGUAAAAAGCUAGUUCUUUAACACCUUAUUACUACAAAUAACUACUUAUUAUCUAAGUAGAACUUGCCUUAAAAGAAAAAGACUUUAUGAAGUGGUCAUACCAGAAAAAUAGAAUCAUAACUUUAGCAUUUUCUUACAUUGCAGAUAAGUUGCUGAAUUCCUUGGGAUCUUAAUUGAUAUUGCAUACUACACAGAAGCUUGGAAUUCCUCAUGCUUUAAAUGGGGAAGUAGAGGGCAGUUUUAUGGCAUAUUUGAUUACUAGAUAAUUACAUUUGAUACUACUUGUUGACUCUUCAUUCUCAAGUCAGCGUGUUCAGCUUGUUCUAGUCAUCAGUCUGCUUUGCUUACCUGUUAUUGGUCAGGAAUUUUAUUUUUAAACAGGUUAGAACUUGUUAUUAAGAUAAAAGCAACAAGAAUAUAGUAUUGAAACCUUAGUUUUGAUAUUUCAAAGAAAUGACUUUCUUUUCUAGAUUUUUAAAGAUAGUUUUGUAGCAUUUUAAAUUUAAUGAUUAGUUUGUUUUCAUCCAUUUUUAUUUGCUUUUCUAAUUGCCUCCACUCAUUUGGUAAAUUGUAAAAUAAUAUAAAUAGUGUAUCUGUAAAUAUGUAUAAUUGUAAUGAUGUAAAAUACUUUGUGUAUGUGUAUGUGUGUUUGUGUAUACAGACGUAAAUGGCUUUGCCUAGCCAAGGAUUUUUUUAUCUGUAUAUAAAACUUUUUGUAUAAAGUUUGCUUUCAAUACCAGUAAUGUAUAAAUAAAACCAUGUAAAGUUCUGUUA